GGUGAAAUUAAAAUCCCGCUCAAUCCCCUAAAAUAACUUUUGGUUGCCCGCUCGUUGCUUUCUCUUUUUCUCAACAGUUAACAGACUUCAAUUCAUUCACCAAAGUAUAGCACCUGACAAAAUCGUUUCCAAUUUUCCAUUUUUCAUUUUCUUCUAAAACAAAAACCCCAUUGUUGCAAACUGGAAUUUUGUGGAAACUGAGUCUCUCCCUUUUCUUUUUCUCUUCUUUUGGCUCUGGAAUUUGAAAAACGAAAAAGAAAAAAACAGGAUGAGUACUGAAGCAGUUAAGAGAAGCACCACCGGAGCUCUAACGGUGAAACAACGAAAAAUCGAUGAAUUGAAGCCUUCUCCGGCGCUUACUGCAGAACCCAAGAAAGUUAUCAUCAAAAGCGCCGACAUGAAAGACGACAUGCAAAAAGAGGCUUUCGAGAAGAACAAUGUAAAGAAAGAUGUAGCAGAGUACAUUAAGAAAGAAUUCGACAAGAAAUAUGGACCUACUUGGCAUUGCAUUGUUGGUAGCAAUUUUGGUCCCAACAAGACUCUGCUUCGUUCACUGGGUCAUCGCCAUUUUUCGGAUUUAACUGGAACAAAAGCCAAACGAAACUAUGCUAACAAUGUCUCUGAGUACAACACUGUCCUCGCUUCUCUCAAUGCCAAACGAAGCAAAGGCAAUAGAAGAUAUUAUGUUAUUGAAUGUAAUCCAGUAGUUCGCAAAGGACUUGAGAAAACUGCUAAGCACAUGGUUAUUCCUUAUAUGUCGAUGUUACUGCCUCUACAAAACUGGACAGGGUAUGUACUCAAGGUCCUAUCUUUGUACAGUUUAUUCCCUGAUGAACUUUGUGAUACUUUGGCAGGUUCAUUGGCAUCUUCUCCUGAUGACAGUGUAGUUUAUCAAGCUUUAAACUUUGCAUUGUCCUCCGAGGUAUUAGAAUUCCUAGUUCAAAACUUAGCAAUUUGUCUUUUAUAAAAGACCUUUGCAUUUUCAGUAUUGUUUAGAUUUGCAAAUAAGAUGUUGUAUUUGGACUUGCUGUUUGUAAAAGACUUGUUAUAUUUUACUUAUAUCUUUAUAUUUAAUCUAAUUUUUAUUAUU